AUGAUUACCGUACCAUUAUCUGCGGGUGAACUCAAUCGUCCAUUAGUUGGCGAAACGGAAAAACUUCUCGUGGAUAUCAUGAAUCGCGCUCAUACGAUACCUUUUCUCAUCUGUGCAAUGACUAUCGAUGAGAUCGAUGGGCUCGUACCAAAACGAGAUAACAACGCUCAACAAUCGAAAGUCGAUGGCAUCUCGGUCUUACUUUCUCAUAUUGAAGGUGUCAAAAACAUUCCGAAUUUGAUCGUUUUCGGUGCCACAAACCGUCGAAAUAUGAUGGAUGAAGCGUUUCUUCGACGCAUGCAAGCGAAGGUGUUUGUUGGCCGACCAUCUCCAACAACACGCAAGAAGAUGCUCAAUCCUCUUGUCUGUAUAUCGAAGACUUUUACAUCGCAACUUAUCGAUUCGUUAGUCAAAGUAACCACCAAUUUUAGUGGUGCUGCUGUUGGUGCACUUCGAUCAAGUAUCGUUGUAGAAAUCGAUCGUAAUCGAGACAUUCAUGAUCGACGUCUUCUGGAACUAGCGGACACAGUUGCCAGAGAAUAUAACAUUUGGUUUGGCAUCACAACAGUGCCAGCUAUUUGUCGUCUCAAUCCGAAAAUCUUUAGUUCGGAGAACGAAGAUGAACACUAUUCGCUUGAUUUCCGUGAUGUACCGCCGAGUGGACGCAUUCUAAUCGAUUUGCAGGAUAAAAAAUGUUUGAUCGAACUUCAAGAACACGAACCGACGAUAGAACGUAAUUUAGAAGCAAAAGAAACCGCAAUUCAAUCUCUUCUGGCGCGAUUAAUUCAAGGCUGUUCGACACGUAACAUUGAUACUAUUCAAGUAAUUGAUUUAAACUUUUUAACUAAACAGAACGCCACCGAUGAAAACCAAAUAUUCGAAUCUUUAACGACUCUGUUUUUGGAAUGCGAUGAGUACAGUAAAUCCAUGCUCGUCUUCGACAUUGAUUCGUUGAUUAUGUUGAAUAAAUCAGAUUCAGAUAUGACCAAGUCUACAUCGAUCUCGAACAUCCGUCUCUAUCAAUUUAUCCGUGAGAAAUGUAAAGAAGCGAUUGUCGAGCAAGAGAAGAAUGAAGCAUGUGCUAAUCGGAAGAAUAGUGCUAAGCUCAUUGAAAAAUGGAUCGUUAUGGUUGUCAAAGAUCCUUAUCUGAAAUCGACGUUAAUCAAAGAUAUCGAAUUUAAAAAGACGACGGCACAGAUCAAUGAAGAGACGUACGAAAAAGAGAAGAGUGAAGAUGACGAACGUUCAAGAAAGUGUCCAAAAUGUUUUCGAGAUUAUGUCCCAAAGGAUACGAAAUUUGGUGAUUGCCACUAUCAUGAUGGUUUUAUUAUCGAUUGCGAUAAACCAAUUGAAACAGCGGUGGUCACCAUUGAAGUCGCUCGACUGAGAAUGCAGCAAGCGGAAUUGCUCAAAGAAGAGGAGGAACAUACGCCAGUGAAAACACCUGUUCCAAAACUUUUUUGGUCUUGCUGUCAACAUCGUUAUGGCGGCACUCACCCUGAAUGUCGAAUCUCGAAAUGCGGUUUACCAGAAGAGCUGGAAAGUCAAGUAAACAUGAAACGCGAUGAUUACAUGGCUAUCGUUGAACAACACUUCAUGAAAAAUAAAGUGGCGAUUAAAAAUGCGAAGAAGAUCAUAGAAGAAUACAAGAAACGACCAAAACCGAGACUUAUCUUGCCUACCAGCAGUAAAUAA